AUUCCUGCAGACCUGACACAUAAUUGGAAGUAGAUAUUGAAUGAAUGAAAUGCCUCAGCAAAUCCUAUUGGCUGCCUUCAAAAUAUAUCCAGGAUCCAACAACUUGAUAGCACUUUCACCACUACCACCUGUUCCAGGCCACCAUCUCUCCAGGCCACCAUCUCUUAUAUGGAUUAUUGUACCAGUCUCUUGCUUGUAUCCUGUUCCCUUCCAGGCUUAACACAGUGGCCAGUGAUACUGUUAAAAUGUGACAAGUCAGAAACUCUUCAAAUGAUUUUCACCUCAUUCAGAGUUAAAACUAAAAUGUUUGUUUACAUUGUGUUACAUAGCCCUACACUCUACUCAUAAUACUCAGUAUUUAUUUCUGAUUUUCUUCAUUUAUUCUGCUCCAGUCAUACUGUUGGCCUUGCUAUUCCUCCCUCAAACACACCAUUCCUGCUUCAGCCUCUUUGUAUUUGUCUUUUCCUUUGCUUGGAAGUCUUUCCCCCAGAUAUGAAUAGGGCUUCCUGCCUCUGCCUCUUUUAAAUCUUUGUUCUAAUCUUCACCUUCUUGGUGAGGCCUAAUCGCUGUAUUUAAAAUAAACUACUCCAUAGCUCUCUUCCCUAAUUUAUUUUUCUACAAAGUACAUACCAUCUUUCAAUGUAUUAUAAUUUAUUUUGUUUAUCAUCUAUAGGUAACAGAUAAGCUUUGCUUAUGAUUAUAAAAAUUAAUUCUCAAUCAGUUUCACAUAGCAAAACACAUAAACCUGUGUUGAAAUAAGUAGUUGGUAAUCUCCUUUUAGGCUGCUUAAAGUGGACAUUAGUAUUUAUCAAAGAUGAGAAAUGUUUUCUGAUUUUCCAUGAGAGACCAAUUUUUUUUAUUUUUGUUUUGAAAUGGAGUCUCACUCUGUCACCCAGGUUGGAGUGCAGUGGCGCGGUCCCAGCUCACUGCAACCUCUGCCUCCCAGGUUUAAGCAAUUCUCCUGCCUCAGUCUCCCAAGUGCUGGGACUACGGGCGCCUACCACCAUGCCUGGCUAAUUUUUGUAUUUUUAAUAGAGACGGGCUUUCACCAUGUUGGCCAGUCUGGCCUCGAACUCCUGACCUUGUGAUCCGCCCGCCUCAGCCUCCCAAAGUGCUGGGAUUACAGAUGUGAGCCACUGCGCCCAGGAGAGGCCAAUUAUCUUAAAGGAAUAUCCAUAAAAAUUAGCCGUUAACUGGUAUUUUUGCCUUCACCUUUGAAGUCCAGCCUAUCAACAAGCAAGUUUUGGCAGCUCCAAAUAAAGGGGAAUAUGUUAUGGAAAAAUUUGAAGUGAAUGGAAUGGGUAUAUUGGCAUAAACGAAAAUUAAAUAUAUCUGGUUACCUCUACAGAAUGAAUCACACAUUUAAAAACCAUAAAAUAUAACUUAAAUACCAGGAAUAUAGAGUUUUACUUUUUUUUUUUUUUAGACGGAGUCUUACUCUGUCGUUCAGGUUGGAGUGCAGUGGCGUGACCUCGGCUCACUGCAACAUCUGCCUCCCAGGUUCAAGCAAUUCUCCUUCCUCACCUUCCAGAGUAGCUGGGAUUACAGACUGCUGCAGUAAGAAUGUCUUUUCCCCCUCAUUUGAAUCGCCCUCCCAUGGGAAUCCCAGCACUCCCACCAGGGAUCCCACCCCCGCAGUUUCCAGGAUUUCCUCCACCUGUACCUCCAGGGACCCCAAUGAUUCCUGUACCAAUGAGCAUUAUGGCUCCUGCUCCAACUGUCUUAGUACCCACUGUGUCUAUGGUUGGAAAGCAUUUGGGCGCAAGAAAGGAUCAUCCAGGCUUAAAGGCUAAAGAAAAUGAUGAAAAUUGUGGUCCUACUACUACUGUUUUUGUUGGCAACAUUUCCGAGAAAGCUUCAGACAUGCUCAUAAGACAACUCUUAGCUAAAUGUGGUUUGGUUUUGAGCUGGAAGAGAGUACAAGGUGCUUCCGGAAAGCUUCAAGCCUUCGGAUUCUGUGAGUACAAGGAGCCAGAAUCUACCCUCCGUGCACUCAGAUUAUUACAUGACCUGCAAAUUGGAGAGAAAAAGCUACUCGUUAAAGUUGAUGCAAAGACAAAAGCACAGCUGGAUGAAUGGAAAGCAAAGAAGAAAGCUUCUAAUGGGAAUGCAAGGCCAGAAACUGUCACUAAUGACGAUGAAGAAGCCUUGGAUGAAGAAACAAAGAGGAGAGAUCAGAUGAUUAAAGGGGCUAUUGAAGUUUUAAUUCGUGAAUACUCCAGUGAGCUAAAUGCCCCCUCACAGGAAUCUGAUUCUCACCCCAGGAAGAAGAAGAAGGAAAAGAAGGAGGACAUUUUCCGCAGAUUUCCAGUGGCCCCACUGAUCCCUUAUCCACUCAUCACUAAGGAGGACAUAAAUGCUAUAGAAAUGGAAGAAGACAAAAGAGACCUGAUAUCUCGAGAGAUCAGCAAAUUCAGAGACACACAUAAGAAACUGGAAGAAGAGAAAGGCAAAAAGGAAAAAGAAAGACAGGAAAUUGAGAAAGAACGGAGAGAAAGAGAGAGGGAGCGUGAAAGGGAACGAGAAAGGCGAGAACGGGAACGAGAAAGGGAAAGAGAACGUGAACGAGAAAAGGAGAAAGAACGGGAGCGGGAACGAGAACGGGAUAGGGACCGUGACCGGACAAAAGAGAGAGACCGAGAUCGGGAUCGAGAGAGAGAUCGUGACCGGGAUAGAGAAAGGAGCUCAGAUCGUAAUAAGGAUCGCAGUCGAUCAAGAGAAAAAAGCAGAGAUCGUGAAAGGGAACGAGAGCGGGAAAGAGAGAGAGAGAGAGAACGAGAGCGAGAACGAGAACGGGAGCGAGAGAGAGAGCGAGAGAGGGAACGGGAGCGAGAAAGAGAAAAAGACAAAAAACGGGACCGAGAAGAAGAUGAAGAAGAUGCAUAUGAACGAAGAAAACUUGAAAGAAAACUCCGAGAGAAAGAAGCUGCUUAUCAAGAGCGCCUUAAGAAUUGGGAAAUCAGAGAACGAAAGAAAACCCGGGAAUAUGAGAAAGAAGCUGAAAGAGAAGAAGAAAGAAGAAGAGAAAUGGCCAAAGAAGCUAAACGACUAAAAGAAUUCUUAGAAGACUAUGAUGAUGAUAGAGAUGACCCCAAAUAUUACAGAGGAAGUGCUCUUCAGAAAAGGUUGCGUGAUAGAGAAAAGGAAAUGGAAGCAGAUGAACGAGAUAGGAAGAGAGAGAAGGAGGAGCUUGAGGAAAUCAGGCAGCGCCUUCUGGCAGAAGGGCAUCCAGAUCCAGAUGCAGAGCUCCAGAGGAUGGAACAAGAGGCUGAGAGGCGCAGGCAGCCACAAAUAAAGCAAGAGCCAGAAUCAGAAGAGGAGGAAGAAGAAAAGCAAGAAAAAGAAGAAAAACGAGAAGAACCCAUGGAAGAGGAAGAGGAGCCAGAGCAAAAGCCUUGUCUGAAACCUACUCUGAGGCCCAUCAGCUCUGCUCCAUCUGUUUCCUCUGCCAGUGGCAAUGCAACACCUAACACUCCUGGGGAUGAGUCUCCCUGUGGUAUUAUUAUUCCUCAUGAAAACUCACCAGAUCAACAGCAACCUGAGGAGCAUAGGCCAAAAAUAGGACUAAGUCUUAAACUGGGUGCUUCCAAUAGUCCUGGUCAGCCUAAUUCUGUGAAGAGAAAGAAACUACCUGUAGAUAGUGUCUUUAACAAAUUUGAGGAUGAAGACAGUGAUGACGUACCCCGAAAAAGGAAACUGGUUCCCUUGGAUUAUGGUGAAGAUGAUAAAAAUGCAACCAAAGGCACUGUAAACACUGAAGAAAAGCGUAAACACAUUAAGAGUCUCAUUGAGAAAAUCCCUACAGCCAAACCUGAGCUCUUCGCUUAUCCCCUGGAUUGGUCUAUUGUGGAUUCUAUACUGAUGGAACGUCGAAUUAGACCAUGGAUUAAUAAGAAAAUCAUAGAAUAUAUAGGUGAAGAAGAAGCUACAUUAGUUGAUUUUGUUUGUUCUAAGGUUAUGGCUCAUAGUUCACCCCAGAGCAUUUUAGAUGAUGUUGCCAUGGUACUUGAUGAAGAAGCAGAAGUUUUUAUAGUCAAAAUGUGGAGAUUAUUGAUAUAUGAAACAGAAGCCAAGAAAAUUGGUCUUGUGAAGUAAAACUUUUUAUAUUUAGAGUUCCAUUUCAGAUUUCUUCUUCGCCAACCUUUUAAGGACUUUGAAUUUUUCUUUGUCUUUGAAGACAUUGUGAGAUCUGUAAUUUUUUUUUUAUUGUAGAAAAUGUGAAUUUUUUGGUCCUCUAAUUUGUUGUUGCCCUGUGUACUCCCUUGGUUGUAAAGUCAUCUGAAUCCUUGGUUCUCUUUAUACUCACCAGGUACAAAUUAUUGGUAUGUUUUAUAAGCCGCAGCUACUGUACACAGCCUAUCUGAUAUAAUCUUGUUCUGCUGAUUUGUUUCUUGUAAAUAUUAAAACGACUCCCCAGUUAUUUUGCAGAAUUGCACUUAAUAUUGAAAUGUACUGUAUAGGAACCAACAUGAACAAUUUUAAUUGAAAACACCAAUCAUAAACUAUUACCACCCCCACUCUCUUUUGAUCAGAAAUGGCAAGCCCUUGUGAAGGCAUGGAGUUUAAAAUUGGAAUGCAAAAAUUAGCAGACAAUCCAUUCCUACUGUAUUUCUGUAUGAAUGUGUUUGUGAAUGUAUGUGUAAAAGUCUUUCUUUUCCCUAAUUUGCUUUGGUGGGGUCCUUAAAACAUUUCCCAACUAAAGAAUAGAAUUGUAAAGGAAAAGUGGUACUGUUCCAACCUGAAAUGUCUGUUAUAAUUAGGUUAUUAGUUUCCCAGAGCAUGGUAUUCUCGUGUCGUGAGCAAUGGUCUGCUAACUGGAUGCGGUUUUCUCAUUAAUAAGCUGGCUGCUUCAGCUUCUCUUUUAAAGGAAUGUGGAUCAUAGUGAUUUUUCCUUUUAAUUUUAUUGCUCAGAAAUGAGGCAUAUCCUAAAAAUCCUGGAGAGCUGUAUUUAAUGCAUUUUUGCACUAAUUGGUCCUUAGUUUAAUUCUAUUGUAUCCGUUUAUUUAACAAAAAAUUCAUCAUACCAAAAAGUAUAAGUGAAAACCCCCUUUAAAACAAAACAAAAAAAUGAAAUAAAAUUAGGCAAAUUGACAGACAGUGAGAGUUUUGCAAACAUGAUAGGUAUUCUGCUCGGCAAUUUGUAAGUUUACAUCUUAUUUAAGGAUAAAGGUAAAUCAUUCAAGGCAGUUACCAACCACUAACUUUUUGUUUUCAUUUUUGUCUUGUAGAAGGUUUAUAUCUUGUUUUACCUUGGCUCAUUAGUGUUUAAAAAUGUACUGAUGAUGUGCUUAGAGAAAUUCCUGGAGCUUUCUUCGUUGUAGAUCAGAAUUUCACCAGGGAGUAAAAUUACCUGAAAACAUAAGAAGUUUUAAACAGCUUUUCACACAAAUUAGAUGCAACUGUUCCCAUGUCUGAGUACUUAUUUAAAAGAAAGGUAAAGAUUGGCCUGUUAGAAAAGCAUAAUGUGAGCUUUGGAUUACUGGAUUUUUUUUUUUUUUAAACACACCUCGAGAGGACAUUUGAAAACACUGUUCUUACCCUCGAACCCUGAUGUGGUUCCAUUAUGUAAAUAUUUCAAAUAUUAAAAAUGUAUAUAUUUGAUCCUGGGGACUCAUAUUCUUUCAGAAUCAUGUAAAUAAAUGGCAUCAUGUUGUAAUUGUGUGGUGCAUACUAGAAAAGUUAAAAAUAUGGGCUGAAUUUUUUAUGGACUUGAUUUUUAUGACUAUUGGUAUCUAAAGGUCAAGGAAGCCAUUUACAUUAUUUUGGAUGAAUCUACUAUACAUCUAUGGAAAUGCCUCUUUUUAUUAUUUUAAAUUCUGGUUUCUCAACGGAAAAUUUCAGAAAAGAUGCCCCUUGCCAUUUUCGUUAAUUUUUCAGUCUUGUCUUAGACACACCCCCAGCCUAAGACCUUGUUCGAGCAGUUUAUUGUGUCUGUCUUUUCGUAACAUACUGCACAGUUCUUAAGCAUCAUAUUGUGUUGUUUUUAUUUAGCCACUAUUAACGUGAAGGUUUAUUCAGGUAGAUUUGAUUUCCUUUGCUUGGUUUCUUCUCCUGCUCUGUCAACUGUUCUUAUCUUAAAGGGCCACUCUAAAAACAAGGGAGAUGUCGUAAUCUGAAACCUUUGGGGAGAUGUACUCUGUACUGCAUAACAUCUCCAGUGAGGUUUGUGACAGGACCUCAACUAAAUAUAUGAAUUUGUGCAAGUUCAUAUAUUAAAGUUUCUGCAGCAGAGUGAAAAUUGUUACAGUAAAUGUGGUAGAAACUGUUAAUCGCUUAAUGCCAGUUUAAAUCAUGUUUUGUAACCAAGCUUCAGUAAAAGCCUUUAGAUUGUCA